AUGGACGGGAUCGAGAGGUUCGACAGCCGGGACAAAGGUCGCGGCCUGCGGGUGAGCAGAAGCUUCCGGGUCGGGGAGCUGCUCUUCUCCUGCCCGCCCUUCUGCCACGUGCUGUCGGCCAGCGAGAGGGGGCAACACUGCGAGUUCUGCUUCAGCAGGAAGGAAAGCCUGGCAAGAUGUGGCAAGUGCAAGAAAGCCUUUUACUGCGAUGUCAAAUGUCAGAAGGACGACUGGGCGGCGCACAAGCUGGAGUGCUCGGCGAUGGUUGCGUUCGGGGACAAGUGGCGCCCGUCGGAAAGCAGUCGCUUGGUGGCCCGAAUCCUGGCCAAGAAGAAAACGCAGAAAGAAAGAUGCGCGUCCGAGAAGAUCUUGCUGGUCGGAGAGAUGCUGUCACACGUGGAGGAGAUGGACGACGAGAAACGAGACAGGAGCCGGGCGGACGCGGCCGGACUGCAUCGCUUUUACUCCAAACAUUUGGACUUCCCCGACUCCAAAGAGCUGCUCUCGCUCUUCUCACAGGUGUCCUGUAACGGCUUCAGUAUCGAGGACGAGGAACUGUCCCACUUGGGCACGGCAGUCUACCCAGACGUGGCGCUGAUCAACCACAGCUGCGUUCCCAACGUGAUCGUGACGUUCAACGGUACGCGCGCCGACGUGCGAGCGGUCGACCACGUCAAGACCGGAGAUGAAGUGUUGAUCAGUUACAUCGACCCGCUCUACCCGACAGACGACCGCAACGCCAGGCUCAGAGAGGCGUACUACUUCGCCUGCCGCUGCCAAGAGUGUCGCACGAGGUCCAACGACGCGCUGAAGCUGAAAGUGCGCAAGCGACGCGAGCCAGUGGCGGCGGAAGCGGUGAGCGCCAUGUUGCGCUACGCCCGCAAAACCAUCAGCGACUUCAGAGGCCUCAAAGCCGUCAAAACCCCUGGCGAGCUCUUGGAGAUGUGCGAGAAGAGCCUGGAGGAGAUGGGCGGCGUGCUGGACGACGCCAACGUCUUCAUGCUGCACAUGAGCUACCAGGCCAUGGGCGUGUGCGCCUACCGGGGCGACCUCCGCGCCGCCGUGCGCUACGGAGAGAAGCUACUCAAACCCUUCACGUGCCUGUAUCCCGCCUACUCCCUGAACGUGGCGUCUUUGUACCUGAAGCUGGGCCGACUCGACUUGGCCUUGGACAGACGCGCCGAGGGCGUGAGCGCGCUCAACAAGGCGUUGAGCAUCAUGGAAGUGGCCCACGGCAACGAGCAUCCCUACGUCCGAGAGCUGCGCAAACACAUCAAACAGACUUCAAUGUAACCUGUUUUA